GCACAGCGCUGUGGUAAUGGCCCAUCGUAGUCCAUUAGGAGAUUAGCCUGGUGUAUGUUGGUUCGUGGCUACAGAUAUACUCACUCGUAGGAGAGCUUUCUUCGUAUGUUUAGAGGCUUACUGCUGGCAGGUUAUUGAGAGUGACAAAGCAAAAGCGAUUACAAGGAGGUAGAGAAAAACAAGAUGAGUGCGAAGAAAGUGUCCCUGCCGUCCAAUCAUGUGGAACUCUAUGUCAAGUCAGGCUGGGAUGGACAGAGCUACGGCGCCUGUCCCUUUUGCCAACGUUUCUACAUGAUCCUUGACCUUAAAGCUCAAGAAGGGACCUUGACCUACAAGGUCAUCACGGUAAACCCAGCACGACCCACUGCUGAUGUUAAGAGCUAUGCUCACAAGCUCCCUGUCCUCAAACAUGGAGAUGAGGUGAUUAUGGAUUCGGACGAAAUGGUGCAGUACAUCGACGACAACUUCCCCUAUCCAGAUUUACGGUACUCCAACAGAAAGGCCCAUACCGUCUGCUUGGAUGUAUUCUCCAAGUUUAACUUCUUUAUCAAGAAUGUCAGCCACACAUCGGAACCUUUGCUGAAGGAGCUUCACCAAAUCGACAGUUUCAUGAAGUCUGCUGGAACUAAAUUUUUGUGUAGCGAUGAACUUACUCAUUUGGAUUGUCUUAUGCUACCAAAACUCCACCACGCACGAGUUGCAUCCCAAGCCUUCAAAGAUUUCGAAAUCCCAUCGAAUAUGACAGGAUUGUUGCAUUUGCUGAGGAAUGCCUACUCCAACGAAACGUUCCGCAAGACGUGCCCCUCCGAUCAGGAAAUUGUACACCAUUGGAGUACCAAAAGGGAGACAACUCCUCUUCCUAAGUCCAAGCAGCGAUUCUACAUGUUAGAAGGAUCCCCCGUGUACUCUAUGGAUUUAGGCCAGGCCAAUGGGAAUGGUUGUACAGUUCUGUAGUUGUCCCAUCCAGUCACACAUUGUUAGAUCCAGUCACACAUUGUCAAACCAAGUCACAGAUUGUCCCAUCCUGUUCCUUGUGUUAUGGUGCGUGUGGAACUUAUGGCACUGUCGCAAGUUUGACUUAUCCUUGACGCUGUCGAUAGUCCAUCCACCCAGAGAGCUCUAAGAGUCUUUGAGCAUCUUUUUAGAUUAUUGAAUCUUUUUAAAUAAAUAUAUAUAUACGACAAGGGCAGGGAAAUCAAAACAACUGUCAUAAGCAUCAUGAUUUGUCUUGAUGAAAGGAAAUCAGUAGUUUGGAAAGACCAUAUCUAGAUCUCAUUUUACAUGCUCUUGAUAACAGUAUGAAUUUUAAAAAGGAGACUUUUCUGGCCUGAACAUUCUACUUAGCCCUUAAUGAUUAUCUUGAUUAUGAGAAACAGAAGUUUUUCUCACUUUCUUUUUAACAAGCCAACGACUUAAAUAUAUUAAUAUCCAUUGUCAAAGAUCAGCUAAAGAUAAUUGCACUUGUUAUAACUUAUGUCCAGAUGACGAUGGGCAGAGUUCCAAUUUUGAUUAAAUAUGUUUGUAUGAAUUUAGUCGUCAAGUGCCAAAGUUGCCGAUGUUGGCGCCAUUGUUUGUUUGUUUAUCCAAUGUAUGUAGUGUUGUUGUAUGUAGAGCUAGACAAGCAGUGUUAUCCAAUGUAUGUAGUGUUGUAUGUAGAGCUAGACAAGCAGUAUUAUCUGAGUACAGUACUAGUGUAGUACCUACCGUUUUCUAUGUCAGCUUCUCCUGUGUUAUGAUAUGCAGUGCUUCAGAACAUGCUGACACUUUGUCUUUGUUUCUUAACGACGCAGAAAGGGGUACCGUAUUUGACGUAAUAAGUUCCAGGGGGCUCUCAAAACUAGAAAUAGGGGGUUGCUGAUUGAUUUCGAUCAAUGUCAACCUUAGGCUGCGGUGAAUUAAUAGUUAGAUUUUCAUCCACAUAUUUCAACAUUGUGAUUAAGGAAGCUUUUUAUUUUUAUGAUGUGUUUUCAAUGACAAACUAUUUAUGUGGACACUAACUGUAAAAGAUUUUUUUCAGCAUGAACGUUUAGUUGGACAAUUUGUAUGGUGUAUGUUACAGGUAACACGUUGUGACUCAUCAUCUGUAGAGAUGUGGGGACCUUAAAUGAUGCUAAGUGCUGGGAUGAAAAUCUAAUAAUUCACUUUUUGAGGGUGUAUAUUCAGAUUUAUACCCCUGUGUGUCCAGUGACGCUGGAGGUGUGUAGUGAAGAGCCUCUGUUGGUCCUGCUCCUCUCCUUAAUGUUCUGUGUGUCUCACGUGAGGUUAUGUUCUGUGUGUCUUCAUCAUCCAAGCAUGGUGGACAGCUUUGUUUUGACUAUCACUUGAUGUACAAGAAGUCCAGUAAAGUUUAAGCCGUCCAUGAUUUUGACUUUACCCAAAAUCCUUUGUGCCUUUCCCUCGUUGCCUGUAGUCCCAACUCACCGGCAUUACUGAUGGUUGUCAUAAAGACAGUCUUGGUAUUUCACUGAAAUGUUAAGAAAUAUGAAAUCCCUGUGUAAAUAAAUGAAUGCUGUUAUUAUGAUUGAUUUAUUUGGGAUGGCUUGUUGAAAGUAUUGGAUCCAAUUUUACCUGCUUGUCAUGUGAAAAAAGAAAUGUUUAAUUUUCGCAGCUGACUUAUUUAUAAUUAAGAGCUAAAUAGAUUGAUUGGAAUACUUCUGGGCCUAGUAAUGUUAUGUUUCAAAUAUUUUGGCUUGAAACUCACAUCCCCCAUCAAUGAUUGUUGUUUUUACGGCUUGGGUUUCUCGGGGUCAAAGCCCUCGACCUAAGUCUGUGGGAGAUGCCCACCUGUGACAUUCAUCUUCUUGAAGACACACCUGGGACAAUGUGCAGCUCUGUUUACGAUACAUUUCAUUGUAAAAUGUCAAUGACAAAAUCAGUUCCAAUAUUUAUUUUCUGAGAAAACAUGUUUCUUUUGGUUUACAAAGUGACAGUAAGAGGAUCAAUGGUCAAGCUCGCUGACUUGGUUGAUGCAUGUCAUCGUAUCUCAAUUGCAUGAAUCGAUGCUCAUGAUGUCAAUCACUGGAUUGUCUGGUUUAGACAGACCUCCGUCAUAUAGCUGGAAUAUUGCUGUGUGCAGCGUUAAACAACAAACAAACAAAUACAAAGUGACAUACUCAUUGACGUACGGAUGCAGAAACUAAUUGUCUGAAGUCUUCUGUCACUGUUACCAUGGCAAAAGGUAUUUGAUUACCAAAUUUCCAGCAGGUAUCAGUAGUGUAAUAGGCAUUUAUCAAAGUGAAAUCCAUAUCAAGUGUAGAUGUUUCCAAAACAUACAAGUGUGGUAUGGUUUAACUGAAAAUAAAAAAGGUGUGAUGCUGAACCUUUUUACAGGUGUGUAUUUAGGAACAUUAUUAUAACACUAGUCCCAGUUACUAACGCUGCAAUCUAUACUCACUAUUACAGGUAACUAUUCCUUUAGUCAAUCGAGAAAAGCUUUGAGAACAAGCAUAAAAUACUCUCAACUAUAGCCCUGAAAACAUAGCUGUUGUAGACAUUGUCUGCAGUGGAUUGUGGAAUAUUUACUCAGGCAAAUUAUUUUGCUUCUGUUUCUAAUAUUAGCUGUUAUUUCUUGGCUUUUUUUAUGACAAGGCAGAAUUGUUUUUUUCUUUUAAAUUGAACGGUUUGGUAAAAUACUCAGAUUAUUUGAUAUUUAUCUUUCUGAAGAUGGCAUGCUUUAGAUAGGGAAGUUUGUGCUUGCUGACAACAAACUCAUUUUUUGUAGAAUUUCAUUGCUUAAUCUGUACCAAAAUGUAUGUGACCUGAUAUGUACAUGUAUUAAAUCUCGAAAUUGCUUUCAUAGUUGUUUAAGUUCAAUAGAAAAUAGAAAGUGAAAGUAGUUGUCAAGUAGUUGUUAAGGAAAUAGGAUCACUGUUUGUAGUCAGAGUGACCUGAACUGGGUGUCAUCACGUCAGUAGUGAAUUGGUUAUAAUGUAAUGUCGCAUCAGCAAUAUCUCCGCCAUAUUGCAGUCUGACUCCAGGAUAAUCAUGUCUCCCCACCAAAGUAGCAAUGAUAUUGACUGACGAACAAUGUACAGCUUGACAUUGCUCUAGCCCCUAGGAUGCCUGUAUAAACAUUAGACAAACUGUCCCCGACUAACACAGCGUGUAUUUCCAGCGAUAAUUAGUACCAUUGAGUUUAGCCCUUGACUUGACCAACUGUAGGUGUGAUUGACGGAGAGCUACUUCUACACCUUGGUUAUGUGGGGGGGUGGCCCAGUCAUUUAAGGCGCCAUGAUUUGCUGUUCAGAGUUGCGUCCCUUGGGCACGCCUGAAAUCUAUGAUUGCGGGUUCAAAUCCCUGUUCGCCCCGAUUAUGUUUCUAGGUGUGUC